UGUACUCGUAGCGGCUCAUGCAGGGAGGGAGCAGGGAUGAGUUGUCAACGUCUAUGGCAUAUGACGUCAGUCUUUCUCCCAUACUCGCCAAAAUAGUAGCUUUCAACAACUUCUUCAGCAAGCAAUGUGCGACCAGCGCUCUUUCACAGAGCCAUGGAGAAUCUCGACAAACUCACGGCCGCUGGUCUACCUAUCUUUGACCUCAAUCUAGAGUACCUUGAGCGUACUGAUUGGUCCCAAACACCACUUGGACCGCGGGACUCAUGGCCAUUAGCCCUCAGAAGUCUCGUGUUUUCAUGUAUCCUCCCCAUCCCUCACUGCACCGCCAUAUUCUGGGGGAAUGAUCUCGCAAUCAUACAUAAUCUAGCUUGGGGCAAAGUCACCCGAAACUUUGGUGGCCAAGGAGCGCGAGCGCACGAUAGCUACUCUGGAGAGGCCCUCAGUGCCCUCAAUGCUGCAGUCCGUGGCCGCACGGUCAAGGUAGCGUGCAAGUUCUUCCUCAGGGACACCCCAGAGUGUGGGGCGGACUCAGUAAUUCUGUUGAGCACAAUACUAGAUGACAAUGGCGUCCGCCAGGGAGCAUAUGCACAGAUAUUGCACUCGCCAACUGUGGAGAGAUAUCUGCCAAUGGCUGGGUUAGAUAAGAUGCAUCGUGAGCAUCCUGCGCGGCAAACGAAGCAAGAGGGCGCCCAGCAGACACAUGGGGAACCACAAGCCGAUUCCAAACAGACAAAGCUGUUUUCAUUGUUUGCAGAGCUAGUGCCAAACGGGCUGGCAAUUCUCGACAGCGGCGCCGAGGCUGUCUUCGUGAACGAUGGUUUCUUUAAGCUCACGACGAAUCGAUCUUCGAAAGAGUUCCGCGCUUGGCCAGAAAGCAUUGACCCAAGAGAUUAUGAGUGGGUCAUGGAUGCGUAUCGUAGAGCUUUUUCCUCCCGCCAAGAAUUGAGGGUCGAGUUUAGAUGUACUGGCAACUCUUCGAUUGAUGAUGAGGAGUGGAGGCUCUUCCUGCUAAAACCAUUGAAUGAGGAUCCCGAAGCCGGCUUUAUCUGCGCAGUGGUGGACAUUACGGAAAUCAAACGUGCUCAAAUUACCCAGGAGAGGACUGCUAUCGAAGCCCAAGAACGAAAAGAACAGCAGGAACGCUUCAUCGACAUGGUGUCCCACGAAAUUCGAAAUCCCCUUAGUGCCGUAUUACAUCUAGCUGAAGAGGUUAAAGAUAUAGCAAGAGAUAUUAGGGCCAAUCGUGACGAUGUCUCCGACAAAGUCGCGGAUAUUCUGGACGCUGCGGAUACGAUACUUCUCUGUGUCUCACACCAAAAUGUUCUAGUUGAUGACAUACUAUCUUUCUCGAAGCUUGACUCUAUGAUGCUCACUCUGGUGCCAAGAGAAAUUCGUCCUAAGUGGGAUUUCUCCAAGGCGCUCAAGGUGUUCCAUUCCGAAUUCAAGGCAAAGAAUAUCAAGUUUCAUUAUGCCAUGGACGUGUCCUAUGAUGGGUAUAAAGUCGACCAUGUCGUUGCCGACCUGAACAGAAUGCAGCAAGUUCUCGUAAAUUUGAUCACAAAUGCAAUAAAGUUCACGGCAAAGAAGGACGGUGAGCGGAACAUCACAGUUUCCAUGGGAGCAUCGAUAGAGCGACCAUCAUCUUACCCCCCCAAUGUUAUAUUCUUCAGCGAAGAUGAGAAUGUCUUUCGUAUAGACUCAACAAUGACAGCUGAAUGGGGAUAUGGACCGACGUUUUAUCUCAUGAUAGCUGUGAAAGACACGGGCAUUGGCAUAAGUGCCGAGGGUCAGGCGAAACUGUUCGAACGGUUUAGACAAGCUACGCCCAAGACUCAGGAGAAAUAUGGUGGAUCUGGACUAGGUCUAUUCAUAUCGCGCAAAUUAUGUCAAUUACAUGGUGGAGACAUCGGAGUGAGCUCCAAAGAGGGUGAAGGCUCUACAUUUGGUUUCUUCUUCAAGGUCCGCCGCUCCAAUGGAACAAGAGAAAGUGGAAGGCCACCAUUCGGCAGCAGGACCAGCUCGGAAGCCUCAAACAUGCCCAUGCAAUCACCAAGACCGUCUUAUAGUCGCUCAAAUUCUGUUUUGGUGGGGAUCAAGGAGAGUCCGAAUGAACGACCGAAGCUCAGGAACAUGGCAACUCUGUCAAGCCACCGUGGUAUUGACACAGAUGAAGUAGAUAAUUCUCUGAAAGACCCACCGACAGAAUAUCGGGGAGAAGCCCAUCCACAAGCAAGCGAAGCUGAGCGAUAUCGCGAGAACCAGCCUAUCGCGGAGAAUAUCAAAACGAAAGGUUCGUCAACUACAAGCGCGAUCGAGAACAAGCUUCCAGAUCUCGAGGAGGGAGAAACAAAGCGACAAGCACGGGGCGCAGAAAUCAUUGGAAGGAUUCAGAACAAUCACUCAUCCGAUAGCCACCCUGUUCUUCUCCUUGUCGAGGACAACCUCAUAAAUCAAAAAGUCUUGCGGCGUCAACUGCAAUUCCGCGGAUUCGAGGUUUUCGUUGCGAACAACGGACAGGAAGCCAUCAAUGCCGUUGAAACGAGAGGGAAGGCUGUCUCGGACAAAGAAACGGCUCACAAUUACUUUGACUGCAUACUUAUGGACCAAGAGAUGCCAAUUAAAGACGGUAAUACAGCUACCAUUGAGAUUCGAGAGCUCCAGGAAAAGGCCAAUGCGGGAAGAAGUCUGAUACUCGGAGUGUCAGCGAACGUACGGGAGGGACAGAUGAAGUCAAUGAUGGAUGCUGGGAUGGAUGCAAUCAUAAGUAAACCUUUCAAGGUGGAUGACUUGGUGGCCAAGAUCAGGAAGCUUCUACCAGCUGGAUAAGUGCCUUGGACUGGCUGAGGUAUUGCAUGGUGUUUCUGUUUGACAGAUGAGAAGGCAGACGAUGACAUGGCGAC